CGUUAACGUAUUAUUUGACACGCUGUGCGCCAUUCAUUCACGUAGGAGUGGUAAUGAUCACUUGGUUCGUGCGCAGCAAGCGCACCUUUAACAAAGAGCCGUUUGGUCACAUGUUUGCGCAACAGGUUUACGGGGAAUCGUAUUGUCCAAGGCAAGAGAGAGAGAGAGAAAGAGAGAGAGAGAGUCUUGAGGUAUAUCCCAUAAGGGUACUUGACAGAAAUCAAUAUGGACUCGCAGGGAAGCGCGAACAGUAUGGCCGAACCUGCUUCGGGCCACGGAGAAGCUAUGGUGAAAUCGAACGCUCCCUUACCACCGCAAGGCUUUCAGGCGCGACCGCAAGGUCCACCUCCGUCUCCCAGAAAUUCGAUAAAUAAUGGUCCCGUAGGCGCGCCCCGGCCAGGACAGCUUCUACGCCGAUUGGACAGUCGUUCUUCUCUUGGUCCGCCACCGGCUUCCGGUCAGUUCGUACAGCUCAGGCCUUACGGUCCGCCGAGACCACCCGGAGGCUCGUUUCCACCAAGACCACCUCAACCCGGUCAGCUGCCUCCGCAGAAUUCGCCUCAUUCCCAGAAUCAGCGUUUCGCGUAUUCCCCUGGGAUUCGAGGACCUCCUCCUCCGCAAGGAGGUCAGCGGCCACCUUUUGUUCCUAACCAACAGACUUAUCAGCAACAACAACAACAACAACAGCAGCAGCAGCAGCAGCAGCAACGAAGCAGCAACGAUCCCCGAUUUCAGCGACCGGAAAUCUUGCCCCAGAACGGGCCGCAGCGACCCAGUCAAGAAUCAGUUUUUACAAGACAGCUGUCGAGAAAUGACUCGUUGUUGAAUUUACAGCGUCAGUACCUUCUGUCGAACGAGGAGCUCAAACAGCCGACGCGACCCCGUAUCGUCGUAGAAAAGAUGGCGGAUAUAAACGAGGGCAGCAACGCCAACGUUGAUAAACCCGAGGGUUAUCUGCAGCCGAAGAAGUCCGACUUGCGCGAGAACAGCGAGAACGACGACGACGACGACGUCGUGAUGGAUGGCGACAAGUCGCCGCGACGCAACGGCGACGGCGCGGCCGAAGGAUUGAUGAACGGUUCGAAGUCGCCCUUGACGCCGAAAAAGUUCGAUGACAAAUCUUCUGCGAGUCGACCGGGAACGGCUACGAUUGAAGACGCGAGCAAAUCCAUAACUCGACCGGGAACAGCGACUAUCGGGAAUAAAGUUGAAGACAACGCGCCCUCAAGACCGAUAUCCGCGAACAUCGAUGACAAAGCGCCGAAUAAAGCCGCUGACAAUUCGGCCCCGGCUAUUUCUCAAAGCAGACCUCCUUCUGCUGUAAGCGAACAUAAGGACGACAAGAAGGAGGAAAAUCUCGUCAGCAGACCGCCGUCAAGCAAAGAGGGUGACAUUAAGGAUCUGGCGGAAGAAGAUUCCGCGAUGAAAGACUCUAACAACGAUAAAACAUCCCGUCCGCCGAGCAGCGCGUCGCUCGAUAAAGAUAGAUACAGUUUGAAGACUCCCACCAAGUCGUCGGACAAUUCGCGGUCAGUUACUCCGUCUCAUCUUGAAGCGUCUCAGAACGCGGAACAGGAACCGAAGACACCGUCCAAGAGCCCGGACAAGUCGCGUUCCGUCACUCCGGCGUCCGGAGGACCGGAGACCGAAAAGUCACGAUCGAGCACUCCGGGCAGAUUGGAGCCUGAAAACGCGGAGCAGGAAUCGAAGUCGUCCGAUAAAUCACGCGCGAGUACUCCGGCCAGUUUGGCGUCUCCAAACGCGGAGAGAGAAACUCUGGAAACACCGUCGAAGACGCCCGACAAGUCGCGCGCGAGCACGCCCGCCGCACCGGAAGCGAGUAACGAGGUUUCUGCCGAGCCGGAGAAACCGUCCGAGAAUCCUCAUCGCGACAAAUCCAACGAAGACACUCUUCAAGUGAAAGAUCCGAGCAGACCGGCGUCGUCGUUGGGUUCGGCCGACUCGACGGUCGAGAAAGCGAGCAAAUCGCCCAAGUCGCCGAGAUCGCCAACGCCCGAAAACCAAAACAAACUGUCAGCACCGGGAUCGGCGGGCGCUUCAUCAACAUCGCCUGACGAUAACGUGAAGGGCUUCGAUAACGGACAGCAGAGAUCGUUGUCUCCCGGCGACGGUUCUCGAUCGCCGAGCUCUCCGAAAUCACCCGUUGGCAGCGCGAAGAGCGAGAGAGCGGAGGGUGAGAAGAAGUCCGCGUCCUUCGCUGAAGACUCGAGUUGCGCUAAGAAAACGGUGGAAAUAGCGGACGACGCGUCGACGGAGACGUCGAGGACGCCUGUCACAUCCGCAGCUAAAACUUCACGCGCGCAAACGCCAACGAAACUAGAUGACAAGGCUGAGAAGAAGUCCACGAAAAAGAAAGAGGUCCAAAAUGGCAGCGCCAGCGAUCAAGCAAAUGCGGCGACUACGAACGGAGUCGCGGAAUCGCCAACCAAAAAAUCUCCCUCUAAGUCUAAAGAGAGCGACAAGCGAUCGACCGCGGGGUCGCCUACGAAAUCGCCUAGCAAAUCCGCUAAAUCGCUACCACGAACUCCCGACACGCCUUCGUCAACUUCUCAGGAGAAAAAGAAAGUGCCGAUGAACAAAGUUCAAGUCGGCGCCGCACCCUCGCCGAAUCUGAAGACUGUGCGAUCGAAGAUCGGUUCCCUAGAAAAUGCGAGUUACAAACCGGGUGGCGGUAAAGUGAAGAUAGAAAAUAGAAAGCUGGACUUCAGCAAGGCGCAACCGAAGAUCGCCGCGAAAAACGAGAAAUACACGCCUAGCGGUGGCGACAAAAAGAUUUCCCAAGUGAAGCUCCAGUGGAACGCCAAGCCCAAAGUGGGUUCGUUGGAGAACGCGACUUACAAGCCGGGCGGCGGCGAUAAGAAGAUCGAAACGGUAAAACUCGACUUCAAGGACAAGGCAAAAUCAAAAGUCGGAUCCAAAGACAACGCGAAGCACGUUCCCGGUGGUGGCAGCGUUAAGUCUGCGACUCCACCUAAGACACCGCAGGAAACGAAGAACGACAUCCCGAUGCAAAAGAUAGAUAUCAAGGCCGAAAGCAAGAUCGGCUCGUUGGAUAACGUGAAGCACAAGCCGGGCGGUGGCGACAAAAAGAUCUUUAACGACACAGCCUAUCUUCGGCAGACGAGUUCCAACGUGGAGAGCUUGAACGGCAGCGGGUCCCAGCCUCCGACUCCUGUGGAAGAUGAUAGUCAUUCCGCGAAGAGUUCUGCGAUCAGCGACAACGAGAAACUCCAACCUCAGCCGCCACCCUCCACGCCGACCAAAGCUCGUAACGUCACGUCACCCCCGUCCAUCGUGACGCCUCAAGCCGUCCGUAGCGGACUGGCGAAAUCACCGGAAGCCACAACGCCCAGAAAGCAACUCGCGCAAGAAACAGACGGUGCAACUCUCGCGAACGGACACGCGUCCAAAACACCCUCGCCAGAUGCGCUAAACGGCAAGAACUCGCCGAAGAGCGGUCGGUCGCCGAUCUCCCCGCGCCCGCCCAGCAGUCUGCGCAUUCGAUCCGCCAGCGACAAAUCCAAUUCCUCUACUCCUAGAAAAGCAUCCCCAAACGCACCCAGUAGAACAUCAUCCCCCGGAACCCCGAGAAAAAGUCCGUCUCCCGGGGAGUUGCGUCUUCCGAAAAUCGCGUCUUCGCCGACGCCGCAGGAAGCAAGUCCCGCGGCUCCUCCCGAGACUCACUCAAAGAUCACCUUGCCCAAGUUGAUCGAGUCGUCUUCUCAAGCCGCUCGGAUGGCAUAUUAGAGCUACUGAAUCAAAAGCACGAGCUUCUUAAAUAGAAACUUUAUCACAUGUUCGUGCAUGAAAUUUUCUAAAAUUUAAUUCGUUAUAUAAAUGUAAUCAAAAUUGCGUUGUCGUUUUAUUUAAAAAAAUAAUUAAUUGAAGUUUUUUCAGGUCAGUUGAAGAGCUGUAGAUGAAAGAAAACAUUUAAAACAACUUGUACUUACUUGUACUAUCUUACAUAAACCUGCGUGCAAGAAAAUUCAUGAAACCUUGAUAUAGAAAAAUAUGAUAGAAAAAACUCGUAACUCCCUAAAUAGUAAAUGUCCUCUUUUUCAUUGAUGAAUAUAAGGUUAUAUCUUCUCAUUGUAGAAAUAACGUCUAUUUUGAAUAUAUAUAAAAACUAGAUACUAAAAAGUUCGAGACGGAAUAAGAACUUGUACUUGGCAAGUUUUUCUAUUUUUCCAGUUACAUAAUCGAUAAUUCGUAUACAAUCUCCAAUCCCGCAUCUUCUGCUACAUGGAAGAUUGAUUUCUAAAGGGAGUUGAAGAAACAAACAAACUAUAAUUAUAAUUAGAGUUGUGAUCAUGAUUUUCCGUAUUAUAAAUAAUUCUAUAGAUUUUUCUUGUAAUUUCGUUGUUUUUCUAGAUGCUCUCUCGUUUAAAUAUAAAAGUUUUUGUUUUAUAAACUAGAGCAUUGAAAUAAUCACCUCGUGUACUGCUUAUAAACGCGCCACGCACAACUAUAAAAACUAAUUAAAAUACAGAUAUA